AGUAGCAGGUUUUACUAAAAGUACUGCAUUCUGUCAACUAAAGCCAGAAAGAGCAGAAUCACUUGGAGGAGAAAUUAACGAUGUUUAGUGUUAAAGAAUUAGUUGAAUCGAGUACCAUGAACUCUGUUCCCUCCAACUACAUUUGCCAUAAAACCCCUGAAGAUUUCAUGUUGAAUUAUGAGACAGAGAACAUUCCAACCAUUGAUUUUCUCCAACUCACCUCUUCCAAUCCCAAUGAACGCUCCAACGCAAUCCAACAACUUGGAGAUGCAUGUCGUGAUUGGGGUUUCUUUAUGUUGAUCAAUCACGGUGUGCCGGAGACACUGAGGGAGAAGAUGGUUAGGGUUGGUGAGAGCUUCUUUGAUAUGAGCAAGGAAGAAAAAAUGGAGUUUGCAGGAGAGAAGAUACUUGAUCCAAUAAGAUAUGGAACAAGCUUCAAUCUCAUGGUCGACACGGCACUUUUCUGGAGAGACUAUCUCAAAUGUCUUGUUCAUCCUCACUUCAAUGCUCCUUCUAAGCCUCCUGGUCUUAGGGAAACUUUUGAGGAAUACAGCAGAAAGGGUAAGAAAGUGGUUGAAGAGUUGCUGAAAGGAAUAUCUCUAAGCUUAGGGCUUGAAGAAAACUACAUACACAAAAGGAUGAAUGUAGAAUUGGGGAGCCAAGUGCUUGUUAUCAACUGUUACCCACCAUGCCCUAAGCCUGAACUUGUUAUGGGUCUUCCUGCACACACAGACCAUGGCCUUCUCACUCUUCUGCAGCAAAACCACCUUGGAGGGCUUCAAAUUCAACACAAGGGCAAGUGGAUUCCCAUCAACCCCUUACCCAACUCCUUUCUCAUCAACACUGGAGAUCACAUGGAGAUACUAACGAAUGGGAAAUACAAGAGCGUUAUUCAUCGAGCUGUCGUGAACACAAAAGGGACUAGAAUUUCUGUUGGUACUGCACAUGGACCCAAUCUUGACACCAUAGUGGAUCCUGCACCAGAGCUUGUAGGAGAUGAUAAUCCAGCACUAUAUCGUGCCAUCACUUACAGAGAUUACAUACUGCUUCAGCAAAACAAUGAACUCGAUAAAAAGACUUGCUUGGAGCGUAUUCGGAUUUGAAUCAACGCAACAAACUCCUACGUACCAUAAAUUUUAUGCAGCAUCCAUGAUGCAAUUCUUGUAUGCUUCUUUUUCACCGUUUAGUUUUUGUUGUGAUUGAUGUGCUUGGAAUUAAUGUAGUGUGUCGCUGAAAAUGGAUGCGAAAAAGAUUAAUAAAUUCACUUCAUGGAAGCAAGUGUUGUUUUA